GUGGCCAUGAGAGCGUUGGGCUUUGAACCUAAGAAAGAAGAGAUCAAGAAAAUGAUCUCAGAUAUUGAUAAGGAAGGGACAGGGAAAAUCAGCUUCAGUGACUUCUUGGUAGUGAUGACACAGAAAAUGGCUGAAAAAGAUACCAAAGAGGAGAUUCUCAAAGCUUUCAGACUCUUUGAUGAUGAUGAGACUGGCAAAAUCUCUUUCAAAAACCUCAAACGUGUCGCCAAGGAACUGGGGGAAAAUCUGACAGAUGAGGAGCUGCAGGAGAUGAUCGACGAAGCAGAUCGAGAUGGGGAUGGGGAGGUCAACGAGGAGGAGUUCCUGAGGAUCAUGAAGAAGACCAGCUUGUACUGA